AUGCCACACACGGGUCCCAUGGACUUCCAGGCCCUCAUCCUGUGUGGCCCUGGUGGUUCACUCAGCACAUUCACCUCCAGACCUGAGGAGUAUCCAAAGUGCCUCAUUCAAGUCGCAAACAGACCCAUGGUAUUCUAUGCCAUUGACUUUUGCAGAAGAUCAGGUAUCACUGAUAUUACGUUGAUCACGCCUCCACUGUCCUUCCUUCCCCUCAGGGCCGCCUUGGAUCAAAAUCCAUACCUUACCAGAUUCUACUCACCCUCGGUCUCGGUCAUCGCACCAAAAGACCUCGAGAUGACAAUGGGAACCGCGGAGCUGCUCCGCCUCCCUGAAGUGCAGAGAUGUAUAACCACCAACUUCCUUCUUCUUCCCUGCGACCUCGUCUGUGAGAUUCCUGGUCAAUCAAUCAUCGAGGCAUGGAUUGCCAAUCAGUGGAUCCUCGAGAAUAACAUCGAUUCUAAUGGGGUUCACCAUGCAUCUCCAACUACUUCAUACUUCGAUCGUCAACUAGAAGCUCGCUCCGGCGGUCUAGCUGUUUACUACCAAACGAAAAACCGAGAGGAGAGCAUCCAGGCAGAGGCUACUGAUUUCAUAGCUGUCUCCCCUCUCCAGCAGCACGAAGCACCCGUUGUUCCCGGCCCCGAGGGUCCUUUGAUCCCACGAUUCGGUCUCUCCAAACUCCUGAUGUCAAUGCCAAUGGAUACAAUCAAGGAUAAAAUGAAAGAAGAAAAAGGUCUCCUUGUUCGCCAUUCACUCGUCAAUAAUUGUCCCCACAUCAGAAUGCUCACCACCUUCCGCGAUGCCCAUGUUUACGUCUUCCCAUACUGGGUCAAAAAUCUAGUCCACCACCAAAAGAGACUGGAAUCCGUCAGCGAGGAUUUGGUCGGUACAUGGGCCAAGUCGACAUGGCAGAAAGGUCUCGGCGACAAGCUAGGAUUGACGAAGGACUUCAACGAAGAUACCACCCGCACCCAGGAGAGAGAGCUUACACCCGAAAGCAACCACACUGGCGCAUUCGUCGAUAAAGCUAUCGACAUCAGGGAAAUGAGCACUACUCGAGCCCGUUCAAACUCUGAAAUGCAGCUAGACCAGUUUUACUCAUCCACCGAACUGCCAGAAAUGCUAGCUUAUGUCCACCGAGGAUCAACCCCGUUCAUUCGACGAGUCGAUAACACAGCCGUCCUUCUUUCAACCUCCCUUCUCCUGGCCAAACUGCCCUCUAUCGAUGAAGUGGGUCGCAAGGAAGCGUCGCCUUUUGCCCACGCCCAUAAAGUUGCUUACCCCGAGGGCGUCGAUUCGCCGAGCAAUGUUACGAAGAAGGACUGUCUGCUCGGUGACAAUGUGAUUGUUGCACCUGGUGCCGUUAUCAAGGAGAGUGUGAUUGGUGCAAACUGCCGGAUUGAUGGCGCUGCCCGUAUCAUUCGUUGUGUUUUGAUGGAGGGUGUUGUUGUUGAGAGGAGGGCUGAAUUGACCGGAUGUGUGAUCGGUCGACGAGCUCAGAUUGGCCGCCAAUCUGUGCUGAGGGGCUGUGAGGUCCAGGAUGCCAAUGUGCUUCCGAAGGGAACGAACGCUAGGGAUGAGAAGUUUAUGGUUUCUGCGGAGUUGUGUGUCUAA